AACCUGCUCAGCAUGCCAGUAGUGAUCUGGAGAAAUAAUAGGCAAUGGCAAAGAAAUAUCUGCAGAAAGGGGGGUGCAUUUUCUGAAGUCGUUUUGGCUGAAGAGAGAGCAAGUGGAAAACUAUUCGCAGUCAAGUGCAUUCCCAAGAAAGCACUGAAGGGGAAGGAAAGCAGCAUAGAGAACGAAAUUGCAGUCUUGAGAAAAAUCAAGCAUGAAAAUAUUGUUGCUUUGGAAGAUAUAUAUGAGAGUCCAAACCACUUAUAUCUGGUUAUGCAACUUGUGUCCGGGGGUGAGCUUUUUGACCGCAUAGUGGAAAAAGGAUUUUACACGGAGAAAGAUGCUAGCACUCUGAUACGGCAGGUCCUGGAUGCUGUAUACUAUCUGCACAGAAUGGGCAUCGUGCACAGAGAUCUCAAGCCGGAGAAUCUGCUUUACUACAGCCAGGAUGAAGAAUCCAAAAUCAUGAUCAGUGACUUUGGAUUGUCCAAGAUGGAGGGUAAAGGAGAUGUCAUGUCUACAGCAUGUGGCACCCCAGGAUAUGUUGCUCCUGAAGUCUUGGCCCAGAAGCCCUACAGUAAAGCAGUGGACUGUUGGUCCAUCGGGGUCAUUGCUUACAUUCUGCUCUGUGGAUAUCCUCCCUUCUAUGAUGAAAAUGACUCCAAGCUUUUUGAGCAGAUUCUCAAGGCUGAAUAUGAAUUUGACUCUCCAUAUUGGGAUGACAUCUCUGAGUCUGCUAAAGACUUUAUACGGAACUUGAUGGAGAAAGACCCUAAUAAAAGAUACACCUGUGAGCAGGCUGCCCGGCACCCAUGGAUUGCUGGUGACACCGCCCUCAGUAAAAAUAUCCAUGAGUCAGUCAGCGCUCAGAUCCGAAAGAACUUUGCAAAAAGCAAAUGGAGACAAGCGUUCAACGCCACAGCAGUCGUGAGACACAUGAGAAGGUUACAUCUCGGCAGUAGCCUGGACAGUUCAAACGCAGGUGUGUCAAACACCCUCAGCCUGACCAACCCACGAUCCGACGGAACAGCCAGGAAAGAUUUUUACCCCAGGAUGUCAGUUCCUCUUCAAAUUUCACGCUGGACCGAACUUGUAACAACCGGAUCUGUCAUGAAGAAUAAGACCCUCUUAGUCACAGAAAUGAUUUUUCAGGACCUCUGCAAAAGAAGCAGGUGAUCAGAGCGUUUGCUUUUGUUUUCUAGGAGUGAGUAACAAGGUUAAAUGAACAGCUCCAACAUUGCUCCGUGCAAACAGGGCACAGGCACUCUUAAGUGUGGUGAAAACUAUUGCUGAACUAAUGAUGACAUCAAGCUUGUCCAAUAAAUGCAUGAUACUGCGCUGCAUGUGUUGAACUGUGCUGUUUCUCCACUUCCCAGAGCUUUCCUUUAAGCCCGUUCUGACCCAGCCCCCUGGGGUUUGUAUCCAGUUCAGUUUUGAAAUGCCUGUGUUUAUCUGGAACGCGUUGUUACCUUGUGCUAAAUGCUAACGCUGGUGUUUUGUAUACAACCACUGCAAAGCCUGAGAAUGUAUGUUGUUCUCCGAUUGGAUGCCAUGCAGCUCUUAUGGGAAGACCCGCUAUUUAGAGGGACUCGCGCCUAUGCAGCAGUCUUAUGCAUGUCAAGGUAUGGGGAAAUAAAAGGGAUUCUCCCCAGAAAAGGAUUUUUAAGAAUUGCACUUGCAGUUAAACCCCUUUGCCAGGGUCUGCUCUACCCUGAGGCUAGCCAAGGCUGCAUGUUAAUAUAGCUGGUUUUUAUUUUUUUACUUAUAAGAGAACAUCAAGCCUCAAACUGGCUCAGUCUGUUCAUAUAAUUUCUCCUUUUCCUACAAACUCUUGGGAAUUUGUCUUUUUGCACAUCUGCUGCAGAACGCCCUGUAUCUUUGGAACCCAAAUGCUGUGAGCAUUUCGAGCUCUGCAAGUGGACCGAGCUAAUUGUGGGGUAUCUCAAAUGUGUGUGAUUUCCAAAGUCUCAAGGGCCAGAUCACCCCAUUGUGUUUUUUGCUUCAAUUUGCAUUUAACCUUUCAUGGUCCCUGCGAUCCCGCCAGCAUUCAUCCUCAAAAGGGUCAACCUUAUUUUUCUUACUGCACGGGAACGAUUCUUCUGUUUGAUCGUCCCCUUGAAUCACGUUAUACAUGAUUAACCUUUCUGAGACAGGAUGAUGUUCUGAGUAACUUUGGAGCAAUCCCAUUCAACUUAUUCUUCGAGGUGAGAGAACGACGUGCCUGAUGGCUCUCGGUUUCUGUAGCAUGUAUUACAGAUCUGCAAAGGGAGCCAACUGAAAGAGCUAUGAAAUUCUUUUUCAAUCAGAUGUGUUUGAUCAUUUCUUCACAGUCCACUUCCCUGCAAAGAGCAUGGAAGCCCACACCCAAGUGCGGUGUAGGAAAGGCAUAACUCCUUUCAGAGUCAUGCUUGGGACUUAGAGUUGUGCCCAAGAGCUUACCAGAACCUGACCAAGAAGGACAGAGUAGUAAGGGGUAUGGUUUACCUUCUCCAAAGCCUCAGUUCUGCAAAGCACUUGGGCAUGUCUCCUUGAAGUCAAUAGAGCUCAUGUGUUCCUAAAGUUAAACACAAUUACAUGUCGAAUCAGGGCACAAGGGAAACCGAGUCCUGCUGUCCUGUGUGUCCCCUGGGAGCCGUUGGGUGAAGUUCUCCCUUAGGAGACCUCCUAAUGGCCCCCACAUUGCCUGUGCGCACACAGUGAACACAGCCAAGCCUCACAGGCUGAAUCUUGCCUUCAGAGAGAAGCCAUGUCAGAAUUUACCAACCCGUGAUUCAUGUCCUGUUUUCGCAGCCCCGAUACCCUAAAUGCUUGAGCAGAAUAUCAAACCAGGUCAUUAGCUCCGGGAGAGAGUUAGCGUGUGACUUGUGUUUCUCUUCCAACAUGGACAGUAGCAUUCCACUAAGUGCUUGCUUCUCAUUGAGAAGCAACAUUUCAGUAAGUCUUGCUUUUUGUUAAAAAAAAAUGUGUGUGUGUAUACACACACACACACACACACACACACACAUAUAUAUUUGAUUUGGGACAAAAACACCCAGGCCACCCAGAGCCAACAAACAAGAAUGAGUCCCCAAGAAGCACAUGGCUGCAAAACAUCUCUUAAUCUUUUAUUUUUUAACAAAGAUGCAAGCAUGGUUUAUAAACAAAGAAAAAAGCUUACCGUUUUAAUCCAGGAAUGUCAGUGUGCCUAAUAUUAUAGGUCUUGUGACUGAUAUAAUUUCAUAACAACAUCCUUAUCCAAAAGAAGGGAAAUUGUGUAUCUACUCCGUGCAUGUACUAAGGCAUUGCAAAAAGUUUAAUCUGCGUAAUGAGUUUGCGAUACUGCAAAUUGUUAAUGGGGCUACAUCGCAAAUGGUUCUCUGCCUUGACAAUCAUGUAUACAUAUCAAUAUUUCUAUCAUAAUGAUAAUUUGAAGGGACAACUACUUGUUUUCCUCCAAUAAAUCCAAUUAA